AUGCUUUGUCUGCUGCGAGGUGCAAGCCGGCGCUAUGUCGCGACCGCGACGGCGGCCCUGCAUCGGCCCUGCGCCCUUGGACUCCAUAAUCCAGCUCUAUAUGCACAAAAAACGACCCAAAUUCGCUACAGUCACUCGACGACGCUUCCUCCAUUUUCAACCACAAUCGAGGUGGAGUCCGAUUCGGACGACGAUUACGAUGAAGACGUUGAUGGCCCGUCCGAGGACAAUUUACACGGGUUUGCCAACGAUUUCAUUCCGCUAUUCCGCAGCGAUUCGACCCACAAGCGUGAAAAAAAGUUUCGGUUGUCCAAAAAGUUCGUUGAUACGUUCAAGGAUGUGCCGCCGCCGUUCGGUUUCAACGGCCUCGGGGAGCUCGUGUACAUGCGCACGUAUUCCCGUGAUAAGGCUGAUGGCACCAAGGAACAAUGGUACGAAACGGUCGAGCGCGUCGUCAAUGGCACGUACAACAUGCAGAAACAUUGGCUGGAGCAUCGAGGACUGGGAUGGAAUGGCCAAGAGGCCCAUCGAAGCGCGCGAGAAAUGUUCCGUCGUAUCUUCAACAUGAAGUUCCUUCCACCUGGUCGAGGCCUAUGGGCCAUGGGAUCCCCCAUCACAGAAGAGCGUAAGCUGUACGCAGCACUAAACAACUGCGCGUUCGUGUCGACGGAGGACGUGGACCGCCGGUUCAGCCCCGCCGAGCCGUUCUGCUUCCUCAUGGACGCAGCCAUGCUGGGUGUCGGUGUCGGGUUCGACACCAAGGGCGCUGGGAAAAUCAUGGUCAAAGGGCCAAAACACGGCGGCACUGUCGAAAUCUUCAACAUUGCCGACAGCCGGGAGGGGUGGGUCGAGAGCCUGCGGGUGCUUCUAGAGGCGUAUUUUCUGCAUCGUCCCCUUCCCGCCUUUGACUAUUCGCAGAUCCGCCCUGCUGGAAUGGCCAUAAAGGGCUUUGGCGGCAUCAGUUCGGGCCCGGACUCGUUGAAAGCCAUGCACGCAAACAUCAUGGCGACGCUGGACCCGUUGCUCGGGAGUGCCAUGACGGUCCGUGGGAUUGUCGACUUAAUGAACCACAUCGGGGUCUGUGUGGUGAGCGGGAACGUGCGUCGAACGGCCGAGAUUGCGUUUGGCGACGCCAACGAUCCAUCGUACGUCUGCCUCAAGGACUACGCGCAACAUCCCGAACGCGCCGCAUACGGGUGGACGUCGAACAAUUCGGUGUUUGCCACCCUUGGCAUGGACUACGCCCCCAUUUGCCACCAGAUCGUGCAAAAUGGCGAGCCUGGGUUUGCGUGGCUCCAAAACAUGCAAGAGUAUAGCCGCAUGGACGGUGUCCCGGACCACCGCGACGCACGCGCGGCCGGGGGCAACCCGUGCUUGGAGCAAACCCUCGAAUCGUACGAACUGUGCUGUUUGGUCGAGACGUUUCCAGCCAACCACUCGACGCUGGACGAGUACAAGGAGACGUUGCGCUACGCGUACUUGUAUGCGAAGACAGUAACGUUGGGCCAGACACAUUGGCCCAUCACGAACCGUGUCAUGCUGCGAAAUCGACGGAUUGGGUGCAGCAUGAGCGGCAUCGCGCAAUUCAUCACCCAGCGAGGCUUGCAUGAACUGAAGGACUGGUGCACUCAAGGUUACGCCGCCAUUCAAGCAUACGACAAAACGUACUCGGACUUUUUGGCGAUUCCCCGCUCGAUCAAGACAACAAGCAUCAAGCCGAGCGGGACGGUGAGUUUGCUGGCCGGAGCGACCCCUGGCAUGCAUUACCCCGAAAGCCGAUUUUACAUUCGACGAGUGCGACUGGACCGCGCGUCGGAGCUACUCCCUGCGCUGGUGGCCGCCGGGUACCAGGUGGAACCGGCAGCUGAAGCCCCCAACGAGACACUGGUCGUGUCGAUUCCAGUGGACGUUGGGGAGAAUGUGCGGACGUUGGCGCAGCUGUCGGCGUGGGAACAGCUCAGCCUGGCGUCGUUUCUGCAGCGCUAUUGGGCUGACAAUCAAGUGAGCUGCACGAUUGCAUUCGAUCCGGUGCUCGAGGGAUCGCAGCUCGAACAUGCAUUGGCGUACUUUCAGUACCAACUUAAGGGGGUGAGCCUCUUGCCCAAGGUGCCGCACGGGGCGUAUGCCCAAAUGCCGUAUGAAGAGAUCUCGGAAGCGACGUAUCGGACCAUGGUGGCGGCGUUGUCCCCCGUUUCGUUCCGAGGCAUUAGGUCGCGGGGAGGCCCCGUCGAAGUGCCCGAUCGAUUCUGCGACACGUCAUCGUGCGAAACUAAGUAGUUUUGCAUUCGUACAUCACGUGUGUUCACGAACAACUUCAGCACACUUCCAUCUCA